AUGAUUCCAACUUGGCAGCCCCCGAAAGAUUAUCGCCAGAGAGCCGUAGUGGUUCUUGGCGGUGGUGUACUUGGACGUCGGAUAGCUUGUAUCUGGGCAUCGGCAGGGUACAAUGUACGAAUUCGGGACCCUAGCCUCCAGCAACGAGAAGAUAGUGUCGUGUACAUUGAAGAGAAUGUUGCUUCAUAUGCGGCAAAGACAGGCGAGGCCCCUGGCACUGUGGAAGUCUUUGAAGAUCUCAAAGACGCACUUCUAAAUGCCUGGCUCGUCAUCGAGGCUGUACCAGAGAAGCUUCAGCUUAAGAUUGAUACCUUCGCCCAGCUAGACGAACUGGCCCCGAGCGAUUGCAUCCUAGCCUCGAACUCGUCUUCUUACAAGUCCUCCGAAAUGCUCGAGAACGUCUCGGAAGCAACCAAAGCACGGAUUCUGAACAUGCACUAUUACAUGCCACCCCAGUGCAUGGUUGUCGAGCUUAUGACCGACGGUUAUACUGAAGAGGGUAUUUUCCCCUUCAUGGUCGAGCGUUGCAAAGAAGGAGCAACACUGCCAUAUGUCGCCAGGAAGCAAUCUACUGGGUUUAUCUUCAACCGUCUUUGGGCCGCUGUCAAGAGAGAAACUUUGACUAUCCUGGCGGAAGGUGUCUCAGUUCCCGAGGAGAUCGAUUCACUGUGGGUAGAGAUGUUCCUCAGAGGAGGCGCAGUCCCUUGCAAAACAAUGGAUGCCGUGGGCCUGGAUACCGUCGCACUGAUCGAGUCGCAUUAUGUCGAGGAGCGCGGUCUUUCCCCGGCAAAGACUGUGGAUUUCCUGAACACUAACUACAUCAGCCAUGAGAAACUUGGCACAAAGAGCUCACAUGGAGGUCUAUACCCUCCCAAAGAAGUCGAAGAAAAGGAAUCGCAGGCCCCCAGUGUGGUUGUCUUGGACGUCGGCCUCUCGUCCCCUACACCAACAAUGGCAUCGGGUGCUGUCCUGGAAUACUCGGCGACUGGCCAAAUCAAAAGGACGCUUGUUGAGGGCCAGGCUCUCCCAGAUGGCGUGGCCGUUGACACCGACAGCAAUACGUUAUUCUGGACGAACAUGGGUAUCCCCGGAAAGCAAGACGGCGCAGUGCUCUCGCUCAACCUGAACACAAAGGCCAUCGAGACAAUCGUGGCCCCUGGCACCAUCAACACUCCAAAGCAAUUGACUCUGGACAAGACCGGAAAGAAAGUUUACUUUUGUGACCGCGAGGGAUGUCGUGUCUACCGCUGCAACUUUGAUGGUUCUGAUCUGGAGGCGCUUGUGUCGACAAGCAAUUCUGACAAUCCUGCUCCGGCCGAGAAUAUCCACAACUGGUGUGUUGGCAUCACCGUUGCCCCGACCUUGGGCAAGUUCUACUGGACCCAAAAGGGCCCAUCCAAGGGCGGACAGGGUCGUAUCUUCUGCGCCAAUAUCUCAACACCUGCCGGCCAGUCUGGUACCUCGAGAUCAGACGUGGAGUGUAUCUUAGAGGGUCUCCCGGAGCCUAUCGAUCUUGAAAUUGACGAAUCCUCCAAUUUGCUGUAUUGGACAGAUCGCGGCGAAAUUCCAUUUGGUAACUCGUUGAAUCGCGCUCGACUUGAUGCCUCUGGCCGACCCGCCGAGACAAACUUGCCUCAGAAGCACGAGGUUCUGACUCGCAAUUUCAACGAAACAAUUGGGUUGAAGAUUGAUGCCGACAACAACACCAUCUAUGUGACUGAUCUUGGCGGGAGCAUUUAUCGUUGUGACUUGGAUGGAAAAAACAAAUCUGUCCUGGUCUCAGAUGAGCACCGAGCCUUCACUGGAAUCGCUUUACUCUGA